AUGGCUUGCGUUUCGCCAUAUUGCACGCCUACUGAUACUCGAACUCCAGCGAGAAUCUUGACGGUUCUCCGAGGGGGAGUGUCCAAGGAGAAUCAUUUGCUCGCGGGUAGAGCCAGCAGCAGCUCGGUUAAGCUCGCUGAUGAUAAGAAUAGGUUUCUGGGUGCUGGCCAGAAGUCGACUUUCCCUAUCAUCAGAAGUUCAACUAACUCUCACAGUGUCAGUCCUUAUCAUAACAAAGACCCUUUUCUAGAUCUGCAUCCUGAGGUAUCGUUACUCAGAGGUGAAGGAAACAGUGCAGUUUCAGUCCCGAGGAAGGAUUCUCCAUGCGGCAAUCUCACGGAUAGCUUAGUAGAUCAGUCUACCGCAAGAAAUUCCAGUGAAGCUAAGAUCAAAGUUGUUGGUGUUGGAGGGGGUGGGUCGAAUGCAGUCAAUCGCAUGAUUGAGAGCUCAAUGAAGGGCGUGGAAUUUUGGAUUGUCAAUACAGAUAUUCAGGCCAUGAGGAUGUCUCCUGUAUAUCCAGAGAACCGUUUGCAAAUUGGUCUGGAACUAACUAGAGGUCUUGGAGCUGGUGGUAACCCGGAGAUUGGAACUAAUGCUGCCAAAGAGAGCAAAGAGACGAUAGAAGAAGCACUGAAUGGAGCAGACAUGGUUUUUGUCACAGCUGGAAUGGGUGGAGGAACUGGUACUGGCGGGGCUCCUGUAAUUGCAGGUAUUGCAAAAGCAAUGGGGAUCCUGACGGUUGGUAUAGUGACAACUCCCUUUUCUUUUGAGGGACGAAGGAGAGCUGUUCAGGCGCAGGAAGGAAUUGCAGCAUUAAGAGAUAAUGUUGAUACACUGAUUGUGAUUCCAAAUGACAAGUUAUUGACUGCCGUUUCCCAGUCUACUCCAGUAACAGAAGCAUUUAAUCUUGCUGAUGACAUUCUGAGGCAGGGAGUUCGUGGUAUCUCUGAUAUCAUUACGAUCCCAGGACUUGUGAAUGUGGAUUUUGCUGAUGUCCGAGCAAUAAUGUCAAAUGCUGGUUCUUCACUAAUGGGCAUAGGAACGGCAACAGGUCAAACAAGGGCAAGAGAUGCCGCUUUAAAUGCAAUUCAAUCGCCAUUGCUAGAUAUUGGCAUAGAGCGUGCAACUGGAAUUGUGUGGAAUAUUACUGGUGGAAACGAUUUAACUUUGUUUGAGGUUAAUGCUGCGGCAGAGGUUAUAUAUGAUCUUGUAGAUCCAACUGCAAAUUUGAUAUUUGGAGCCGUCAUAGAUCCAUCAUUUACCGGUCAAGUCAGCAUAACUCUUAUUGCAACUGGGUUCAAGCGCCAAGAAGAAACAGAAAGCACCAGGCCCCUCCAGGCAAGUAAGGUAGGGUCAGGAGGAGAUAGCAAGGAUGGAAUGAACAGGCGACCAUUCUCAUUUACCGAAGGUGGUUCGGUAGAGAUCCCUGAGUUUCUGAGGAAGAAGGGGCGUUCGCGUUUUCCAAGAGCAUAA